CAGGAAAGAAGGAGAAGGUUUGCCGAGGGGCCAGCUAAUGUGAAAUAAUCGAUGGCGCUGAGAGAAGUGUGGGAGCCGAUGAUGCGUAUCUAAUCCAGUCCUUAUUCUUGGUUUUUCUCCCACGAUGAAGCCAUGCACAGAAGAGAGAAAGUGGAUAGGAAGAACUUCUUACUGCGCCCUCGGAAAAAAUUGAUGAAGACCUGAAAAGAUUUGUACCGACCGGAGAGAAAAGUCACCAAGGGGUAGAGAUGUAUUCCAUCUGGUGUAAGAAUACGACUCCACUCUCCUUCGUUGGUUGAUGAAGGCUUUGAUUUUACAAGAUCAUGCCCGAUAUUCCUCACAAUCUUUGUAUCUGAGGGAUGACUUCUCCAGAUGGUGGUACCGGAAGGUAAAAUGUGAAGACGUAGGAGAAGGAUCAUUGGUAGGAAGAGGAACUCUUCUGGGUGGAAGGUUAUUGGUCAACCAUGGUAAAGCUUGCUAACCCACUUUACACAGAGUGGAUUCUUGAAGCUAUACACAAAGUCAAAAGGCAGAAGCAGAGGCCCUCGGAGGAGAGGAUUUGCCACGCCGUUUGUGCAUCCCACGGCUUAGACAAGAAGACUAUCUCCGAACAGUUGGAGCUGAGCGUCCAAGAUGGCUCGGUUCUCAAAGUUACCAAUAAAGGCCUUGCUUCCUAUAAGGACCCGGAUAAUCCUGGGCGUUUUUCAUCUCUUAAAAUGGAUGACAUCUCGAAACCCUCGAAAGGAUCUAAGGGAAGCUGUCACGAGCUUCAGAACGUGGAUUGGAAUAAGCUCCUGCGAAGAGCCAUCGAAGGGCUUCAGGAACCCAACGGAUCUUCCCUCAGAAACAUAGAGAAAUACCUGAGAAGUCAACAUGAUCUUGCAGGUAUCUUCAACAACCCCGUCUUUCAGCGGAGGCUGCGCCUGGGAGCCAAACGUGCCGUCAAUAAUGGGAGAUUAUUGAAAGAAGGACCUCAGUACAGGGUGAACCAAGGUAGCUCGGAAAGCCGAGGGACAUACAAAUACGGUUCGUUUCCAGCCUCCCUCCCGCCUGUCAGCCUUUUGCCUCAUGAAAAGGACCAGCCUCGGGCUGAUCCCAUUCCCAUAUGUAGCUUCUGUUUGGGGACAAAAGAAUCAAACCGUGAGAAAAAGCCAGAAGGACUUCUAUCGUGCGCAGACUGUGGUAGCAGUGGGCAUCCAUCCUGUCUUAAAUUUUGUUUGGAGUUAACAACAAACGUGAAGGCCUUAAGAUGGCAAUGUAUCGAAUGCAAGACAUGCAGUGCCUGCAGAAUCCAAGGCAAAAAUGCUGAUAAUAUGCUUUUCUGUGACUCUUGUGAUAGAGGUUUCCACAUGGAGUGCUGUGACCCUCCACUCUCUCGAAUGCCAAAAGGUAUGUGGGUUUGUCAAGUCUGCAGACCAAAGAAAAAAGGAAGGAAAUUGCUUCACGAGCGAGCUUCCCAGAUAAGGCGACGCUACGCAAAACCAAUUGGACGGCCAAAAAACAAACUAAAGCAACAAAUGUUGUCUGUUCCCAGUGCAGAAGGAUCCAAGAAUGCAUUCCCAGGAAGGGGGUCACCUGGUAGGGGUCAAAAGACUAAAGUCUGUACCACACCUUCAUCUGGUCAUGCUGCAUCUGUGAAGGAUUCAAGCAGCAGAUUGGCUGUUACAGACCUCACCUGGCCUGGUGCCACCGCCACCAAAAUCACCACCAUCACCUCCACCUACAUACCUGCCGCUACACUUAACGUUAACAAGAAAACCCAGGGGCUCAUUGAUGGCCUCACUAAGUUUUUCACACCGUCACCCGAUGGUCGCAGAUCACGAGGUGAAAUAAUUGACUUUUCAAAGCAUUAUCGUCCAAGGAAAAUGGCCUCUCAGAAACCCUCCUGUACUUCUCAUGUAUUGGCUACAGGUACCACACAAAAGCUAAAACCUUCUUCACUUCCGCCCCCGGCCCCCGCCUCUGGUCAGAGCCCCAGGUCACAAAAGCCCGGCACUUCCAUCUCUUCUGGUUCUCCCCAGAGUUCCUCCGGUCGGCCAAGCGUGCUCUCCUUUAGCGGCCUACCUAAUCACAGCCAGCUUUUCGAUGGACUUUCUCACAUUUACGCUGCUCAGGGACAGUCGCGCCCAAAGGGGCAGCCCUGUUAUGCCCCUCCCAAGCGUUGGCAUCGCAAAGCAGUGCGCUCUCCCGCGCCCGCGCCUAAUCCUGCUUUCUGCGGAAAGGAAGAGAUUAGCGGUGGGCCGGUUUCUCCUCCCACCGCCACUGGUUGGGCUGUGUCUGGAGGACAUGCUUUCAAAGCAGUUGCUGGCUUGGAGCGGACAACUGUCCUUAAAAAGCCCGUGGUUCUAGGCAGAUUAAAGUAUAAAGUGAGCCCUCAGAUGGGGAUCCCCUCACCAGGGAAGGGGAGCUUGGCAGACGGAAGAAUUAAGCCUGAUCAGGACGAUGGUACAGAAAUCAAAAUAAGCAUCAAACAAGAAAAUUCAGAUCUGUUUGUGGUGGGAAGCAAGAACUUUGUUACAGAAGAAGAUCUGAACAUGUUUAAGCAGGCCCGGGAGCUAGCAAUGGAGAAGAUAGGUUGUAAAAACGAUGGAGAAGUAAAUGGACGUUACCCUUCUGUGAUAGAAUUUGGAAAAUAUGAGAUCCAGACUUGGUACUCCUCACCUUAUCCACAUGAAUACGCAAGACUAUCAAAGCUUUUCUUGUGUGAAUUCUGUCUUAAAUACAUGAAAAGUAAAAAUAUCUUACUGAGGCAUGGAAAGAAGUGUGGCUGGUUUCAUCCUCCAGCCAAUGAGAUCUACAGGAGGAAGGAUCUCUCCGUGUUUGAGGUUGAUGGGAAUAUCAGCAAGAUUUAUUGCCAAAACCUUUGCUUGUUAGCAAAGCUCUUUCUUGACCACAAAACCUUAUACUAUGAUGUUGAGCCAUUCCUUUUCUAUGUUCUUACCAAGAAUGAUGAGAAAGGGUGCCACUUAGUUGGAUACUUCUCUAAGGAAAAGCUCUGCCAGCAGAAGUAUAACGUCUCCUGCAUCAUGAUCAUGCCCCAGUACCAAAGGCAAGGAUUUGGGAGGUUUCUCAUUGAUUUCAGUUACCUACUUUCUCGAAAAGAGGGGCAGGCAGGAUCCCCCGAGAAGCCGCUCUCCGAUCUGGGCCGUGUCUCCUACUUGGCUUAUUGGAAAAGCGUCAUCUGGGAAUAUCUGCACUGCCAUCCUGAGAAGGAGAUCAGCAUCAAGGCGAUGAGCCGAGCCACCGGGAUGUGUCCCCAUGACAUUGCUACCAUCCUCCAGCAUCACAGCAUGAUUGACAGGCGAAAAGAGAAAUUCACGGUAAUCAGGAGAGAGAAGCUGAUCUCCCGUUACAUGGAGAAACUUAAAAACCAUCCACGCGCCAAUGAAGUGGACCCAGAAAGUUUGAGGUGGAGUCCUCUCUUGGUUCCGAACGCAGCGGUUUCAGAGGAAGAGAGAGAAGCUGAAAAAGAGGCUGAAUGGUUGAUGGAACAAGCAAGUUGUUGGGAAGAGCAAGAGCUGUUGUCUACGAGAGGUAGCAGACAACUGCCCGAAAAAGCCCAGUCUAAAAGCAAGUAUCUGCGACCUCAAGAAAACUUAACCGUAGUCAUGGAAAAAGAGAAGGCUACAGACCUACCAAAAGAAAGCAGUGGAGAAGAGGAGGAGAUGGAGGAGGAGGAGGAAGAAGAGGAAGAGGAGGAAGAGGAAAAGGAAGAAGAGGAGGAGGAGGAGGAGGAAGAGAUGGACGGAUGUCAUCAGAAUUCUCCUCCGAGGCUGGCAAAACCCCAGUGGCUUGUGAUGAAGAGGAAGAGGCCUUUCAUAUUGAAAAAGAAAAGGGGUCGUAAACGCCGUAAGAUUAAUAGCAGCGUUACAACGGAGACCAUUUCUGAAACCACCGAAGUUUUAAAUGAACCUUUUAACAACUCCGAAGAAGAGCAGCCCGUAACACACCUGGUGUUGAGUUGUGAGACGGAUGGAGAACCUGACAAGGGGAAGGCUGGGGAUCCAACCAUGUUGCAACACCAGUCUGGGGAAGAGGAAGAGCGAGAGGAAGAGGAGCAAGUGAAAGGCAACCAACAUAAGAGGAAAGAGAGUCCAUGCAGAGUUACGGCUGAAGAGGAUGUGGAGGUCCUCAAAGAAAGCACUAAAGACAAUCUUGAACCUGUAAUGCAUAAGCAGGGAUGGCCUAAAAGCGUGAAGCAGUCUUCAUCCAGGCGGAGGCAAAAUAAAGAGAGAAAACCAGGGUUUAAACUUAAUUUGUACACGCCGCCUGAGACCCCUAUGGAGCCCGACUGUCAGGGGAAGGGAGAGGAGGCAGAGGAGGGGUCUGAAAACAACCCAUCUCCGGCUUCUCCUUUGCCAGAAAAAGGGAAAAAUUCUGAAACCCUUUUCUCAAACGAUGAUGAAGGAAGAGAUCUGGUGUCUGAGUAUCUAGUCCUUCCCCGGAUGGAAAAGGCAGAUGAAGUGGACAAAAGCAAAGUCGAAAUGGAAUGUAGGAGUAGUCAACAUCAGGACCGACAAGAGGAGAAGAUUCCGGAGAAAUAUGAGCCUGAGCCUGUGGAAGAACAAGAGGAAAAGAAGCAGUCUUGUAAUGAGGAGGAACAUGGUGCUGAGGAUGAGGUUGGAAGCCACCUGGGUUUAAAGGAAAGGGAAAUGAAGGAGGUCAUAUCAGGCAAAGCUUUUAAAGAAGUGCUUGAGAAUCAAGAAACGUUUGUAGAUGCUGAGGAACUGCGCGAUAGGCCAAACGACAUGGAUUUGAUAGACUGCAAAGUUGAUCUUCCGCCCAAGUGUAACAGUGACCUUAAAGAGCUUCCCGCUCUUCUGGAACCCGGGCCUGACCCAAGGGAUGAAAGCGCAGAAAAUCCCAGCGAAGCCAGUAGCCAUGAACUCAACUGCGUGUUCAAGGAGACGAAUCCAGAAACUCUGGAAAUAGACUCCGAGACUAUCCAGGCCGUCAAGUCUUUAACACAGGAAUCGGCGGAGCAGGAAGACGUGUUCCAGGAUUGUGCAGAGACCCAGGAGGCGUGCCAGAGCCUUCAGAAUUACUCCAACAACGCGGCCCAAAGUCCACCAGCUGCUUCCUUAGAAGAUUGUCAGCAAUCGGAGCACAGCAGCCCCGUUUCGUCUGUCCAGUCUCACCCAAGCCAGUCAGUUCGUUCUGUGAGCAGCCCAAGCGUGCCUCCCCUGGACAACACUUACGCUCAGAUGAGCUCAGAUCAGAGUGGCAUCUCGGUGUCAUCCCUGCAGAACAUGGAAACCAGCCCCAUGAUGGACGUCCCGUCGGUGUCUGACCAUUCCCAGCAGGUGGUCGAUAGCGGGUUCAGUGAUCUGGGAAGCAUUGAGAGCACCACGGAGAACUACGAGAACCCGAGCAGCUAUGACUCCACCAUGGGCAAUAACAUCUGCGGGAACAGUGCGCCGCAAAACAGCUGCUCAUACAACGCUCUCACCUCGACCAACCUGACCCAGAGCAGCUGCGCCGUGACCCAGCAGAUGUCAGCCAUGAGCAGCAGCUGCAGCAUGAUGCAGAGCACCAGCAUCAGCUCACCCCCUCCUUGUGGCGUCAAAUCCCCGCAAACCUGUGGGGUGGAGAGGCCUCCCAGCAGCAGCCAGCAGCUCUCCCAGUGCAGCCUGGCUGCCAACUUCAGCCCGCCUCUCCAGCUGAGCGAAAUCACCGAGGCCGGCAGCACGAACGUCGGCUUGUAUGAACGGGUGGGCCAGGGGGAAUUUGCGGCAGGGCAUUACCCGCAGCCUUCCGCCACCUUCAGCCUGGCUAAACUGCAGCAGCUGACCAAUACCUUGAUGGACCAUUCGUUGCCUUACAGCCAUUCAGCGGCCGUGACCUCCUAUGCAAACAGUGCCUCUCUAACCACUGCGCUCAGCAGCUCAGGGCUGGUCCAGCUCUCUCAGCCUUCCCACACGGUUGCAGGAGGGGGCCAAGUCCAGGCGACCAUGACUCCACCCCCUAACCUGACUCCUCCCCCCAUGAAUCUCCCGCCUCCCCUUCUGCAGCGCAACUUGGCGACGUCAAACGUUGGCUUGUCCCAUACCCAAAGACUUCAAACACAGAUGGCCGGCAAAGGCCACGUUUCCGUUAGGACUAAGUCGUCUUCUCUGCCGCCAGCAGCAGCAGCAGCAGCCGCCGCCGCCCAUCAGCCACAGCUUUACGGGCGCACCUCGCAGUCUGUGGCCAUGCAAGGGCCGGCCCGCACCUUAACCAUGCAGCGUGGCAUGAACAUGAGUGUGAACCUCAUGCCAGCUCCGGCUUACAACGUCAAUUCGGUGAAUAUGAACAUGAACACGUUGAAUGCUAUGAACGGUUAUAGCAUGUCUCAGCCGAUGAUGAAUGGCGGCUACCACGCCAAUCCCGGCUACAUGAAUCAAACCGCUCAGUAUCCCAUGCAGAUGCAGAUGGGGAUGAUGGGCACCCAGGCUUACGCUCAGCAAUCCAUGCAGACUACCCCCCAUAGCAACAUGAUGUAUUCCCCUCCGGCGCAUCACAGUUACAUCAACCCCAAGCAGUCUUUGAACAGCUCCUACAUGCGGAGAUAGGAACCCAGGUCCCAAUUCAAGGAGGGGGGGAGAUGAACGCCCCCCCCUUCCUCUCCUCUCCCCCCGCCAAGCGAGACUGCGAGGGGUCAACCCGCCUCAACACGUUGCUGUUUCUCGGAGCGUGUGAUUCAAAACCAGCAAGUGGUGUAAACGCAAAAAAAAAAAACAAAAAAAACCACUGCAUUUUUGUGGCACCACAAUAAACGUGUAUGCAGCAAGAAAGCCUUACAUAAAGUCCUUUUACUUUUUAUUAUUUCAUUUGCAAUUUUGCUUUGUUUGCAAUGGGCAAUUUUUUUUGUUUUGUUUUUUAAAAAAAACAUACAAUUGAACUUCUUUCGCGGUGUGGGAAAAACGUGCGUUGUGAGUGUUGCAAACUCAGCCGAGGCCUCACUGCCAUUUUGGAUGUGCCUGUUCCUCUUUUGACUUCCGCUCUCCUGGAGCGUAUCCGACGUCGCGCUGGCUCUCAGCUUCCCCUCCCGUUCCAGGAACUCUCCUCUUCCCUCCCUCGUCUCCACCAUGUAAAUGCCUUUUCAGAUUGCAUUCAUGGAUUAUUUUGUUCCUCGAGUGAACACUUCCGCAUGCCGCUGUCUUUGUUAGUGACAGUGAGUUUUGUAGUACUGUAUAAGUGUUGUGCUUAACAGUAAGCCAUUUCCUGAAUUGGUGGGUCUUUUGCCUUGGUUAGGUCGUUCCUCUUUAAGAGGUAUUAAUA